AUGGCUUAUUUAUAUAGGUACAUCGAGACAUCACCUCGACCUCUACCUCCACCUCCACCUCCACCACCUCCUACACCAAUAGAACCUCCACCACCAACUCCAACACCAACACUACCUCCUCCACCUAUACCACCCCCACCAAUACCACUACUGGUACCUACACCACCUCCAGCACCUACACCACCGCCAGCCCCAACACUACCUCCACUACUAGCACCACCUCCAAUCCCUCCUCCAAUGCCUCUUCCACCUCCAAUACCUCCACCUACUCCACCACCACUACUACCUCCACCAGCUGCCCCUCUGAUGCUACCACCAGCUCCACCCCCCGCACCAAUGCCUCCCCCACCUCCACCUCUACUUCUACUACUUCCUUGUCCGCCACCACCGCCACCUGCUCCUAUGCCACCACCGGCACCAAUGCCUCUUCCUACACCACCACUUCCACUAGCUCCACCUCCAAAACCACUUCCAGCACCAAUACCUCCUCCACCUCUACCACCACCACCUCCACUAGCCCCCCCUCCAAAUCCACCUCUUCCAACAGUUCCACCUCCAACACCACCACCAACUCCUCCGCUAGCACCAACACCCCCUCCUCCUCCACCUCCAACACCACCACCUACUCCACCCCCUCCUGCGCCAAUACCUCCUCCAGCUCCGAACCCACCACGAGCACCUCCACUAUCUCCACCACCAACACCUCCACCUACACCCCCACUAGCUCCACCACCACCACCAAUACCUCCUCCUCCACCACCUCUUCCACCAACUCCACCUCCAAUGCCACCACCAGCUCCAACACCAGCUCCACCUCCACCCCCACUAGCUCCACCACCACCACCAACACCAGUACCUCCUCCUCCUCCACCACCUCUUCCACCAGCUCCAACUCCAACACCACCACCAGCUCCAAUACCUCCUCCACCUCCAAUUCCCCCACCAACACCUCCACCUCUACCUACUCCAACUCCUCCACUAGCUCCACCGCCACCGCCACCACCACCACCUCUUCCACCAGCUCCACCUCCAACACCACCACCAGCUCCAAUACCUCCUCCACCUCCAAUUACCCCACCAACACCUCCACCUCCACCUACUCCGACUCCUCCACUAGCUCCACCGCCACCUACUCCGACUCCUCCACUAGCUCCACCGCCACCUCCACCGCCAAUACCUCCUCCACCACCAGCUCCACCUCCAACACCACCACUAGCUCCACCUCCAACACCACUACCACCACCACCACCAGCUCCAAUACCUCCUCCACCUCCAAUUCCUCCACCUACUCCAACUCCUCCACUAGCUCCACCACUGCCACCAAUACCUCCUCCUCCACCAGCUCCAGCUCCAACACCACCACCAGCUCCAAUACCUCCUCCGCCUCCAAUUCCACCCCCACCUACUCCAGCUCCUCCACUAGAUCCACCACCACUACCAAUACCUCCGCCUCCACCACCUCUUCCACCAACUCCAACGCCACUACCAACUCCGCCCCCAACACCACCACCUCCUCCUCCUCCAAUUCCUCCACCACCUCCCCCUCCACCACCACCACCACUAAAACCUCCCCCUCCACCACCUUUUCCACCAACCCCAACUCCAAUGCCACCACCAGCAUCGCCUCCAACACCACCUCCACCUCCAAUUCCACCACUAACACCCCCACCCCCACCUACUCCAACUCCCCCACUAGCUCCACCUCCACCACCAAUACCUCCUCCACUGCCUCCACCUCUUACACCAACACCACCACCACCUCCAGCACCAGCACCAACACCUCCACCACCUCCAAAACUAACACCCCCUCCCCCACCUCUAGCCCCACCUACACUACCUUGUCCUCCAGUACUUCCAACUCUUCCACCACCACUUUCGCCUUGA